AUGGGACCAACCUACUACAGCGCCAAAACCUACAUCAACAACUGCGAUGCGAAAGCAGAAUGCAAUCCAGACAACUGGCCAGAACAGUAUGUCAACGCGACAACCUGUCCCCUGAACGUUUACUGCAGUUCAUUUGGUUUCUACGGCACGACCGAGGAAUUCUACGGCAACACCACCGUGACCCGGCCAUCAUGUGAUGCCGAUACUCAGUCAAUCAACCGAGUCAUUGGUUACUACAACUCAGCGGCGGCCUCACGGGGAUAUGGUGGCAUGCAGCCCGCAUCAAUACCCCAGGGUGUCUACUCUCACAUCUAUUUUGCUUUCGUGAGCAUCGACCCAGACAGUUUUGAGGUCAUCCCGGCAUCCAAUGCCGAUAAACUGCUCUACCCCCAGAUGCAGGCACUUCAGAUGCGUGACUUGAGUCAGGAGCUUUGGCUCUCCAUCGGUAGUUAG